CCACUGUCCUUCACAGCAAGCUGGACCGGAACCGCUCGCUCGAACGUUUCAGCAGGAAAUGUGUUAAACGUUCGUCUGGUUUUUGACGCUCCGGAAUCUCCAGAACGCGAAGGUCAAGCUAAGCUAAUGCUAAGGAAGCUAAUACCGGUUGACUUCCGGUUUCAUCAGCGAAGCUGAAGGUUCUGGUCCGGUCUGAAGAUGGUUCUGAGGGAGGUCCCCGCUGAGAACAUCACCCGCCCGCUGGGCAGGAACGAGGUCAUCGGCCUGCUCUUCCGCCUCACCAUAUUUGGAGCCGUCACCUACUUCACCAUCAAGUGGAUGGUGGACGCCAUCGACCCCACCAGGAAGCAGAAGGUGGAGGCCAAGAAGCAGGCAGAGAAACUGAUGGACCAGAUCGGCGUGAAGAACGUCAAACUGUCGGAGUACGAGAUGAGCAUCGCCGCUCACCUGGUGGACCCGCUCAGCAUGCAGAUCACCUGGCGGGACAUCGCGGGUCUGGACGAAGUGAUCACGGAGCUGAAGGAGACCGUGAUCCUACCUGUUCAGAAGAGACACCUGUUCCAGGGGUCCCGGCUGCUGCAGCCUCCCAAAGGCGUGCUGCUCUACGGCCCGCCCGGGUGUGGCAAGACGCUGAUCGCCAAGGCGACAGCCAAGGAGGCGGGGUUUCGCUUCAUCAACCUGCAGCCGAGCACGCUGACGGACAAGUGGUACGGCGAGUCGCAGAAGCUGGCGGCCGCCGUCUUCUCGUUAGCCAUCAAGCUGCAGCCGUCCAUCAUCUUCAUCGAUGAGAUCGACUCGUUCCUGCGGAGCCGCUCCAGCUCGGACCACGAGGCCACGGCCAUGAUGAAGGCCCAAUUCAUGAGUCUGUGGGACGGCCUGGACACGGACCACUACUGCCAGGUGAUCAUCAUGGGGGCCACCAACCGGCCCCAGGACCUGGACUCGGCCAUCCUGCGGAGGAUGCCCACCAGGUUCCACAUCAACCAGCCGAGCAUGAAGCAGCGGGAGAAGAUUCUGGAGCUGAUCCUGCAGGACGAGAGCGUGGACCUGUCCGUCAACCUCGGUGACGUCGCCAAGGAGACGGAUGGUUUCUCAGGAAGUGACCUCAGAGAAACGUGCCGCGACGCCGCACUACUGUGCGUCCGAGACUUCGUCCACAACGAGAGCGAAAGUGAGGACUACAUCCGGCCCAUCCAGCAGAGCGACCUGCAGAAGGCCAUCGAGAAGAUGAAGAGGUCCAAGUCCGCCGGGGUUCAGGGCGUGCUGCUGCACGCCGCUCUGGACUGAGGUCACAUGACCGCCGUUACAAGUGUAAAUAAAUGGAGCAUGUGCCACUGCUUCCUGUUUCUGCGAAGGGGAACAAACUGACGGUCCUGCUGCUGAGAUCCCCGUUACCCAUGAUCCUCUGCUGCAGGGACACACCACCCUGAAGCUCAGCCUAACCCUCAUCAUUAUGAUGAUGAAUCGACCAGAAUUUGACCUCAGCAAUAACACUUUCCGAAUCCAAUGCAGGUCAUUGAAAAUAUGAGUUUUCUCUCGACGAGACGAUAAAGUUUAACCUUCAGAAACGAUCCAAGAUCUGAAUCCAACCCAACCAGAAACCCUGGAAGGAGCCAGGAAAAAAAGCUCCACCUUUAAAGAGUUGGUCGUAUUUAAGUUUGGUUUUCUGCCAGAUGUAAAAAGUGUAAAUCUUUUACUGUGUUUACACUGUAAAUAAACAUGUAAACAAG